AUGCAUACUGCUGUCCUUUCUUCGUUGGCCGCACUUGGCGUCGUCGCCAGUGCUGUUCCCGCCGCCAACCAAGACUUCCCCAAACGUGAAGAUUUCAACAUUUCCUACACCGCCAGGGGACUCCGUCCCGAGUCCAUGGUCUGCGCUCCCUCUUCCGACCUGUGCUACAUGAGUAUGCUUUACAAACCUGGCGCUGCGCAGUUCAACCGCAAGACCCGUCAGAUCACCCUCGAGAUGAGCGAUCCGAGGUUUGAGGGCAAUCUCAACUUCCACGCCAGCGGCCUCGACCUUCUCCCCCAGUCCAGCACCGACCUGGCCGUCGUCUUCAACGACGCCAGUGCGUUUGACUCUGCCGGCAAAAAUGUCACGGGCACGAACCACCUCGUCCGGUUCAGCUUGAAGAGCGGCAAGCCAGAGGUGGUGGCGACCGCCUCCCUUACCGACGCGGCCGGGCAAGUCGUAGGGUGCCAGGAUGUCGCCCACGACUCUUGCGGCAACGCCUUCGUCGCCUGCACGUUCCCCGGCAUGAUCCUCAAGGUCCGCCCCAACGGCAAGGACGUCGAGCGGUGGUACGUCAACGACUACGUGAGCAGCCCAGGCCAGACGGACCCGGGCUACACGGGCGUAGUCGUCAAGGGCGCCAUGCUGCUCGCCGCCGACCAGCACGACAACAAGCUGGUCAAGUUCAAUGUCAAGGAGAAGAAGGGCUCUCCCAUCGUCAUCCCCAUCACCGGGAACGACGGAAACGUCGGCGGACAGAGCCUCGACGGCGUCUUCAUGCCCGAAAUGUUCGACGGCAAGGUCAUCCUCGUCAACGACAACCUCAAGGGAGUCAAUGUCCUCUACUCACAGGACGGCCUGUGGAACGAGGCCCAGCACCGGGGCCUGAUUGAGAGCACCUACGACGCCGGCAAGACCAACUUCCCCACGGGCACCGUCCAGAUCGGCGACCGUGUCUACAUAGUCCACGAGCAGUUCACCUUCGUCCCCAACGACCCUGCCACGCCGGAUGUGCCGCUUCAGGACAUCACUGGCGAGAUUCUGAAGCGCAUUCCCGGAAAGAACUAA